AUGGCGACGGCAAACAAGGCCCUGACUGGGGGCGGCUGCUGGGCUGCUUCUCCCGCCGCCACCAUGAUUCCCCCAGCGGACUCUCUGCUUAAGUAUGACACCCCGGUGUUGGUGAGCCGGAACACUGAGAAACGGAGCCCCAAAGCUCGGCCACUGAAAGUCAGCCCCCAGCAGCCUGGACCCUCGGGUCCCGUCCCACAGCCACCCAAGACCAAGCUCCCUUCAACUUCCUGUGUCCCAGAUCCUACAAAGCAAGCAGAAGAAAUCUUGAAUGCCAUCCUGCCCCCAAGGGAGUGGGUGGAGGACACGCAGCUAUGGAUCCAGCAGGUGUCCAGCACGCCCAGCACCAGGAUGGACGUGGUGCACCUCCAGGAGCAGCUGGACCUGAAGCUGCAGCAGCGGCAGGCCCGGGAGACCGGCAUCUGCCCAGUGCGCCGGGAGCUGUACUCACAGUGUUUUGAUGAGCUGAUCCGCGAGGUCACCAUCAACUGUGCGGAGCGAGGGCUGCUGCUGCUGCGGGUGCGGGACGAGAUCCGCAUGACCAUCGCCGCCUACCAGACCCUGUACGAGAGCAGCGUGGCGUUUGGCAUGAGGAAGGCACUGCAGGCCGAGCAGGGGAAGUCAGACAUGGAGAGGAAAAUUGCAGAGUUAGAAACGGAAAAGCGAGAUCUGGAGAGGCAAGUGAACGAGCAGAAGGCAAAAUGCGAGGCCGUUGAGAAGCGGGAGAGCGAGAGGAGACAGGUGGAGGAGAAGAAGCACAACGAGGAGAUACAGUUCCUGAAGCGGACGAAUCAGCAGCUGAAGGCCCAACUGGAAGGCAUUAUUGCGCCAAAGAAGUGAUAAUUUCCAUGUGGGUCUCAGCAAGCACUAACGACCCCAUCAUAAGCCCUCUGUAAUAAAAAGCUAAUUUCUUGAGUGAAGAAGCCAUACCCCCACCCCUCAGCACCACCUACCUGUCAGAAGUCACACCACUGCCCCCAAGUGUGUGCAGCACCUCAGGUCUGACAGCCAGGCUCCAGGCUGGACAACAGAAGGCAGUGUAGCCCAGGUAGUCUCUGCACGUGGCCAACCUUGGCACUUGCCAACUCUGACAGCGAGGCUUAGAACUCACCCCUUGGCUGUGCCCGUCUCAGGUGGAGCGGCUGCUUUCUCGUUGUCUCUCCACCCUAUCACUUAUUCCCAGUCAUAGGAAGCUGGUUCUCUGCCCCAUUUCUGGUCAAUAGCUCGCCUUGUCCCUGAACCUUGCCCUGGGUUCCUCUGGACUGUCUUGUCCUUAUUUGAUGUCUUUUCAUCGUUCCUACUCCAAUGAAGUUCUAACACCUCAUUUUGGAGUUUUCAGUUGAUACCGUUUCAUCUUAUCCCUGCUCACCAAGUCACUGGGCCCUUUCCUCCCUGCCACUGCAUACUGCUGGGUAAGAGGCAAUGGCAGGGAGUCAAACCCACGAGUUUCAAAAAAAAGUGUCUGCUGGAAAGAAAUACAGGUCGAGGUGUCCACAGUGAGCUGCCUGGACCUUGCUCCUCCCCCACUGAUUGGAUCUUUUCACCUUACUCUGCAGAAAAUCAAACCUCAGCCCUACAACCCUCUGACUAGCCCACACCUCACAUGCAGUUCUCAUUAUUAUUAGUGACCAGGCCAUGAUGAGGGGACAACUGCAUUUUACUCUUCCUCAUAAGCUAGACUCAAAGUUUGGAGGCUCAGAACUCUUCUGGUUUCACAGACCCAGAAGACUAAAUUAGCAACAUAAAUCUGAUUCAGGGCAGACUAGCAAAAUGCCUAAGUUCCAUCAUUCAAACUUCCCAAGUAGCAUAACUAAGAAGGCACUAACAUCUUCCCUCGCUGGAAGGCGUUAGAUGCUCGGUGCUUCCAUGAAGAGGUGCUCGGACCUGACGCCUGUCUGGCGAGGGCUUCCAGGCUCCUUCAGAGAACUGCAGGCCAAGAGCUAUGUUCCACUGAGUCCAACAAGCCCUCUAUACUUUCAUCUCCAAUCUGAAGUCACAGCUUUCACCCUCAUCCAGGUGUCCCAAGGCAUCAGCCCCCAGACUGCAAACAGCCAGGCUGUGCCCCGUCAUCUUCCUGGGAAAGAGCUGUGGUCAGAGAAACGCUAGAUCCACAACUCGUUGACUGUAAAGCAGUCAUGCCCUAACCGGGUUCUCCUAACAGACCCAGUGAGGAAUAUCGCAAGCUGAUUUUAAAGCCUAGGCUCUGUACACAACAUCCAUAGUAUUAAAACAAAGAACAGUUCUAUUCCAAACUAAACCACUCAUUGCUAGUACAAAAGAAAUACCACACUCCGUAUUUUCUCGACCUCAGCCCUGUUUCGGUCAGACACUUUCAUGCCAGGGUUAUACUCUUAGGAACUCAGAGGACUGACUCAUUUGUCAGGAGUUCUAGUGGACUCCAUCACUGAAAUCCUUGGGGGUGAGGAGCUCUCUUUACUUUCACUAGUACUGGUGGGUGGUUUCAACUGUCCAAUUUCAGAACAGAUGCAUCAUGGCCUUUGAAAUGCCAACUGGGCAUGAAGAAAAUGAACAGUUUCUAGCUGCAUAUUUUUGUAUAAUUUAAUAGACAGCUUUUAACAC